AUGCCUCGAAAUUGGGAAAGACUACCGCUUCAUAAUAAAUCAUACCCACCACUCUUGUUCAGCUACGAACCAAGGCCUGAAGGAUACGAAGUCUUUCUAACUGAUCUGGCUCAUAUAUGGUCGGAGAACCUGAGCCAUAAACGGAUCAUUAAUCGUGCUUCGAAGGAAGAGACAAGCAUAGAUCCCAGCCAAGAUGAGGACCAGUAUUCAGUACUGCUUCAGAAGAUCGGUGAUGCACUACAUGGGUCUAAAGGCUCUUCGAUAUCUCUGUCCAGCCACGAAGCUGGGUCUAGUUUAAAACUGGUUACAAUUACGAAGUUGCCAAAGCCUCUGGAGCCUUUGGAAUGGACAUUAAACUUAUCCCAACUUUCUCCGUCGGCUCUAACACGACACAUACUGUUGCCGGCCUUGGAGAGGGCAUCCAACAAUGAAGAUCGUCAAUACUCGCUUUUCGAACUUCUAAAGGAGAAGGAUAAAGUAAUUGGAAAGCUUUUUGACAAAAUAGAAGCUUCAGGCCUUGAUUUGAGCACUGUAUUUCCUGGAAUGGCCAACGUACGGCCGGGUCAAAAGAGAGGCUCCCUGUUUUCCCAGGCUUCAAAGCUAGUUAAGGGUGUGAACCCAUUUGACCAAGGGUCCUGGGAGGACGAGCACUCAGAGCGUGACACAACCAAAUCGAGAUUAAAUUCUUUGGGGAAAAGUUUGAGCGAUAACGAUCUAUUUGACCCUCGCAGUCUGGAACAUAUAGAAAAUAAAUGGUGGAAUUAUUCCGCAACAUCAGGUGGCACCCAGCAUACCGACCAGCCGACAUCACAGAGGGAUAAUGAAAGGGCUAUGGAGCAGGACAUGAGCGAGAGCGAGGAUGAAUUCCAAAGACAAGAAACGCCUCCAGGACUAAAAGGUAGCGAGGCAAGCGAAGCGGCCGAAAAGACACCUAAGUCAGAAGCGACUUCUCCAAAGAAGCUUGAAAAGAGACAUAGGUCGCCUACUGGCCUAGGAAGGAACUCGAAAAAAAUUGGGUCUCUAGGAAAACCGAAGCCCAAUAAAAAAUCUCCCCAGGACUCAUAUGACAUAACUACGCCAGAUAUAUCAGGUCCACCGCAAUCUCCGAAAGAAAGACCGAAAGGACUUGCCACUAUUGGUGGGCGAAAACAGAAAAUAUCAACAAGGGAGCUAGAUUCGGAUUCGGCGACAUCGGACGUGGAGGAAACCGUUAAUCCCCACCCAGUGCCCGACCCAGAAGACCAGGCUACAGCCUCAGAGCUUGAUGACGAUGACGAUGACGAUGACGAUGAUGAAAUUAAGGGGGCCAGCAAACCAAAGAGACAAAAGUUGCCCCAACGAGGGCCCAUGGAUGUUCAAGAAGCCGCUUCUGAUACCCAAUCGACACAGAGCCACAAGCCAACAGCCCUGCGUACGCACGAUGGUGGGAUUGGGCAUAUUGGUGGCAAGAAACAGAAGGGAACUUUGAGUCAUAAGGGGCUUGGGAAAGGGACCAGCCCGGUAGCAAGCUCAGGACACAAAACAGAUGAUGCUAGUGGAGAAGAAGUGAAAAGUACAGAGCAAGGCAACUUCAGAAGCAAACAACUGCAGCCCGACUUGUCACAUGGAUAUAACGAGCAAUCAACCACAACCACACCACCUCAAACCGCUAAGCCCCCCAAACGAAGCGGUAAGCUUGGUACAAUUGGUGGAGCAAAGGCUUCUCGCAAACUAGCCAAGACAAAUCUUCAAGAAGAGAGCACAUCCAAUGAUACUGCGCUUCAACAACCCUCAAAGGACGAUGGUGGUUAUUCGAAUAAACGUGGCGAAGAACAAGAACCAGCAAUACCAUCACCUCCUUCGCCGGAUAGCACUCGUCGCACAAACGAGGUAAAAGAACAGGAGCCAGACAAAGAUGAAUCUCCUGAGGAACGGGCGAACAGAAAACGACAGGAGUUACGGCGUCAACUGGAGUUAGCAGAUAAAGGCAAUACCAAACCAGCAAAGAAGAAGAGAAGGUUUUAG